GCAACUUGGGAGUUUUAUUUUGAAAUAGGGUGUUUGGCGUUUGAGCUACUUCCAUUUCCGGAGCCAAUGGCGCCGACUCUUGUUUCCACCGAUGAAAGAGUCGGCUGUGAACUUUGAAGGCAAAAUGUCAGAAACCUCAGUGUUUUACUUGGAAACAAAUACCAUCAUGGAGACUGUCAUAAAGACGGCUGCCGAUGUUAUCGGGAAACCAAGAGAAGAAAAUUCCAAAACGGAGGCAAAUACGAGACGUAAGCCAGACUUCGACAGUGUCGUGGAAAUGUUGGCACGGGAGGCGACGAGAAAGAUCAACGCCAUUUUCUCCCAACUGUCCUCACUGCUGCACAACGAAAACAAGACCCUGAAGGCCACAGUGGCACAGCUGGAGAGCGAGCUGAAGACCGUGACGGAAAACUUUGAAAAUGCCAGAAUGUGGAGAGAAAAUGUCCUGAACGGCUGCCCGGUCCUGUUCGAGCAGAGUGGGCUGAUUUUCACGUUGAAGCCAUUCGGGAGGUUAAAAAGAAAAACAGAUAAAGUGACAGAGGGAGCCACAGAUUCGUCGCCUGCUGCUGGGACGCAGAGUGGACAAGAUGCUGACGGUGGAGAGUCGACGAAGGAGGUGAAUUCUGAAGCUGAGUCCUCACCAGCAACUAGACAAGACACUGCAGAGGAUUGUUCCGCAACGAACAUGGCAGAAUCCAAAAACACCGACAGCCAAGACGCACAGGAAGCACAGGUCAAGAAGAGAGGGAGGAUGUUUGUAUGUGACGUCUGUAACAAGAGCUUCAACCGGCAGUUUCAUCUGAUGAAGCACAUGAACACUCACAGAGAACAGCGGCCCUUCGCCUGCAACCAGUGUCCUAGAAAAUUCAGGAAUACAGAAACCUUUGAGUACCACCUGCUGCGCCACGAAGAGAAGAAGUACGCUACCUUCAAGUGCCAGCUCUGUGAGAAGAAGUUCAAAACAAAAAUGCACCUGAAGACUCAUCAGCUCGUACACACGGACACGAGGCCGUUCAUCUGCUCCACGUGUGGGAAGGGCUUCAAAACGAAACACAACCUGCAGGCUCAUCAGGUCGUCCACACCACCGAAAAGCCACACAAAUGCUCAGAGUGCGGGGAGAGCUUCAGGUACGCCUUCACCCUGCAGUGCCAUAAAAGCACUCAUACUGGAGACCACCCUUACAAAUGCACGGAGUGUGGCAAGGCUUUUAUAAAGAGGAGAUCGCUGAGGACGCACCAGUCGGUCCACAGAGGGAAAACCUUCACCUGUGAGACCUGCGGGGCGGGCUUCACCCUUCAGCACAACCUGAAGAGACACAUCCGUAUUCACACUGGUGAAAAACCGUUCAAAUGUAAAGUCUGCGGGAAGCGUUUCAUUCAGGACAACAAGCUGAAAGCACACAUGCUUCUUCACGGUGCUUCAAAGUCGUUCAUGUGCGACCUGUGUGGAAAGACUUUCCUGUACAACUGCCAGCUGCUGAAACACCAGAAAGUGUCUCACGACGAAAGACAGGGUCAGGUCAUCAGAAGACGCACCCGGGAGCGAGGUAACCGCAGAGUUAUCUACCGACGGGACAGAACGACAGUAGAUGUGACGCCGUUCAGCUGCAAGACCUGCCGCAAGGGCUUCGACACUGCGGGUUCACUGAAAAGACAUGAGCUGAUCCACACACGUCAGACACAGUACAACUGCCACACAUGUGGGAAGUCUUUUUUCUACAAAGCCACGUACGACUACCAUCAGCGGAUCCACUCGGGAGAGCGGCCGUUCGGUUGUGACACAUGUGGGAAGAGGUUCAUCAUCCGUCAGGCUCUCAAGUCCCACAAACUGCAGCACUCGGGAGAGAAACCACAUAAAUGCGAGCGGUGCGACAAGGCCUUCAGGAUCUACACAAACUACCUCAGACACUUCCGGAUCCACACGGGGGAGAAGCCGUACGAGUGUGAAGUUUGCGGAGUGAGGUUCAGGCAGCUCGGACACGUCAAGUUUCACAUGCAGGUGCACACAGGAGAGAGACCGUAUUCUUGCAGCAGCUGUGGACUCGGGUUUUCAGAAUCAAGGCUGCUCAAGAGACAUAACUGUAGUGAGAAAUGUCAGAAAAUGCUUGGGAACACGCUCACAACGGCCUGAAACUAAAGCACUGAUUCCAC